UAACAAUGAAAACUGAAUUAUAGAAGCAUAUGAUAUAGUUACUCGAACGUCGUUUUUAUAAUACGAAUAAAUUGUAAAUCAUUUUUGUUAGUCAUCUUUCUUCAAGUUUAAAAAUAAAGUAAUGUCAAUAAUACUGUAGCAAUUACAAUUAAAAGGACCACAUAUAUUACAAACUUGUUAAGCGGUGUUCGAACUUUGUAGCCCGAAUUUAUAAGACUGUAGAAUUAACAACGCAACUAAUGUGAUCUACAUGAAUAUGCAGAUAAAAAGAAUUAUUUAAGCUCGUUCAAAAAUUCAAAGUCUCUGUUCUUGACUUUGAGGAAGUAAAAUAAUCUAAUAAAAUAAUAAAAUCUGUUUCUUGAUCAAAAUAUAACAACAUUAUUUCUAGUCUUUAUGCCAACGAUCAAAAGUCAAGUUAAUCAUUUCAAAUAUCAAAAUGACAGAUUAUGAACAAUCACAGACAAUUGAAAUAUAUUCAUAUCAAAAUGAAGAAAAACUCAAAACUAUAUAUGGUUUUCUGGAUGUUUUGGAAUCUUUUCGUCAAUCUAGAACACUAUGUGAUGUUACUCUCGUGACCAACGACGAUCUAAAAAUUCCUGCACACAAAGUGAUUUUAGCAGCAGCAAGUCCAGUAUUUUUAUCUAUGUUCAAUAAUGACUUCAAAGAAAGCAAAGAGGAUUAUAUUCCAAUAAGAGGAAUUGAUUCAGAUGUGUUAAAAAUUAUAAUGUCUUAUUUGUACACUUAUCACUUAGAAGUAAAUCAAAGUAAUGUUGAGAGAAUUUUAAAAGCAGUUGAUUACUUAGAUUUAAAUCAUGCCAAAAACGUGUGCUAUCGAUAUAUCGAAGAAAAUAUAAGUCCAACCAAUUGUAUAAAUUUUAUGAAAACGACCGAAAUGAUUUCCAAUACUAAGCUUUAUGAUUAUUGUUUUUUGUACACUAUAAAAAAUAUUAGUGAAGUAAUGGAACAAGAUGUGGUGAGCUUGUAUGAGUUAUCGAGUGAAGAUAUCAUUAAGUUUAUUUCAAAUAAUCAUUUAGAAGUAAAAUCGGAAAUGCAGGUUUUUAAUUUAGUAAUAAAUUGGAUAAAAUAUGAUGAGGAUAACCGACAACAAAUAUUGCCUGAACUAAUGAAUUAUAUUCGAUUGCCUCAAGUGCCCAAGGAAGAUUUGGAAGAUAUAUACAGCGAACCAUUAUUGGUUGCUCAAAAGGACUGUCUAAAUAAUAUUUUAAUGGAAAUCGCUAAGACGUAUACAAGUUCACCGAAAAAAUUGGAGAACUACAUAGGGUCGUCUUUCAAAGGAAGAAGACGAACACCACUUAACCUAGGAACACCUGAAGUGAUUUUUGCCAUUCGUAAUAUACCAGAGAAUGAUAGUAAUUUUAUUGAAUAUUUAGACACUACUAGUAACAGUCCCAAGUGGAAGAUUGGAGUUUCUUUAUUAAGCCCUCAACGGAACUGGUCACAAAUAGUAUCUACUGAACGAGGAACAUUAUAUGCGAUUGGUGGUGUAACAAAAGAUAAUAUUCCUACCACUCAUGUUGAUUUAUUAGAUCUUACAAGUGUGUGUCAUAGAUGGACACCUGUAGCACCAAUGCAUAUACCACGUAAAUGUUUUGCUGUGUGUAUACACAAAAACAACAUAUUUGUUGUUGGUGGAGCUGGUAUCGACGGGUAUUCGUUGGAUUCCAUUGAGAUCUACGAUAUUAAUCUGAACAGAUGGAAUUUAAUUUCAUCAACUAUGAAUAUACCACGAGAAUUUUGUAGUGCUGCUUAUCAUGACGGAUUUAUUUAUGUUAUUGGAGGAAUAACCAACAAUGACGAAACGCUUUCUUCAGUAGAGCGGUACGAAAUAGAAACUGAAGAUUGUGUAUUAUUAACGUCCAUUAUGCCUCUUCCCAAGUACAACACAUGUGUUGCUAAAAUUGAUGAUCUUCUAUAUGUGAUUGGCGGUGUGAGUCUUAUCAAUGGAAACCGAACUUACUAUAGUAGUGUGCAUGCUUUCAAUUUAACAACACACGAGUGGAUACUGUUACCUAAUUUAUAUCGUCCUCGAAGCCAAGCAAAUGUAGUGGUUAUUAACAAAACCUUAUACGUGUUCGGAGGAUUUACUAAGGUCAAAGAGGCAUUGCUUACAACAGAAAUGUACGAUGCUAGGUUGAACAGAUGGAAAAUGACAAGUAACAUGCAGUCAAGAUUCAAAGACCGCAACGCCAUUACAAUUAGCAAAAAAUUACUACAACUUACUGGCAUUUCAGAUGUCAUCUAAACUAUUUUUUAUGAUUGAAUUUAACUAUAACAGAUUUUAUUAUCGAAUUUAUUACAUUUUUACUCCAAUUGAAUCGUAUUCAAAUCAUCUUUACAUAUUUAACUACUAUAUUACAAUUAAAUAAUUACGUUAAAUUUUGUAAUUUUUUUAAGGACGUUAUUGUAUUAUGAAUAAUUACAGAUAAAAGACAUAUUAAAGUUUGAGUAUUUCUCGUAUAAGCAAAUUAUUUAUACAAUUUUAUUUUUAUAUUUGACUAUUACUUUAUUUUAUAAUUAUAUACUGUAUAAUUUAUAAUAAGCUAUUCAAUUUUUUAUUUGAUUGUGUAGGAUAAAAUAUUUCUGUUUUUCGAAAAUUGUUAAGCAAUUCUACAAAUUUUUCAGGCGAGAAAAAAUAAAAUUUUAAUAUUAUGGUGUGAA